AGAACAGAAACCCUAAUUCCUUUAUCUCCCUCUCUCUCUCUCUCUCUCUCGCUGGUGUCCGAACCUGAGGUCGUCGUCGCCUCCAAUGGCGGCCAUGGACUUCUUGAAGGGCAUGAACGACUACCGGCUGAGGCCUCGGAUGCUGCGGUCGCUGGUGAGGGACCGCCUCCCCGACGAGAAGCGCCCCUUCCCGAGCCCCGCCGAGCUCUCCUCCAUCCUGGCCUACGUGAAGACCCACGGCCUCCUCUCCGAGCGCCUCGCUGAUCCAUCCGAUGGGAAACUGAUCGAGGCUUGGAGAUCCGCUGUCGAUGCCUGGGUUGAUCGCCUCCUAUUGCUGGUCUCCAGUAAUAUGCCAGAUAAAUGUUGGGCGGGUACAUGUUUGCUAGGCGUGACUUGCGAAGAGUGCAGCUCCGACCGUUUCAUAGCAUCAUUCUCUAUUUGGUUCCAGAAGCUUCUCUCAAAUAUUCAGCCGCCAUCCACCACACAUUUUGUGAAAGUGGCAUGUUGCGCUUCCUUGGCUGAUCUUUUCACAAGAUCGGCUGGUUUUCCUAGUUUAAAGAAGGAUGCAACAUCAUUUGCUGGGAGACUUAUUCAGCCAGUUCACCAGUUAUUAAAUGAUGAUGGUGCAGAGGCUGUAUGGGAAGGAGCAAUUGAUUUAUUAUCUGCCCUCAUAACAUUCUAUCCAUCUUCUUUGCAUCGACAUUAUGAUAAUGUUGAAGCUGUCCUUGCGUCAAAGAUUAUGUCAGCAAAGUGCAAUAAACAUACCUCUAAGAAAUUUGCCCACUGUUUAGCAUUACUUCCAAAGGUAAAAGGUGAUGAAGAUAGCUGGUCUUUGACGAUGCAAAAGAUUUUAAUCACAAUAGAUAGGCUUCUGAAUGAUGCCUUCCAAGGACUAGAAGAAGCUAAAGGUUCUGAGGUUGUGAGAUUGUUAGUUCCACCAGGAAAAGAUCCCCCUCCACCACUGGGAGGUCAUUUGGGGUCUGAAGAAGCAUCUCAACCAGCUACAAAAGUUCUUCAUGCAUUAUUAGUUCCCACAGUGUCUACUCUGAUGCAUUGUUGCUGCAUGAUGCUUACUAAUCCUUAUCCUGUUCAGGUAGCGGUUCCUGUUCGCCCUUUACUGGCUUUGGUUGGGAGGGUGCUUAGAGUGGAUGGUUCUUUGCAUGAAUCCUUGUUGCUGUUCACAACUGUGAUGCAUCAAGAACUUCUCUGUUCAGAGCUUCCAGAAUUGCAUUUAGCAAGCUUGGAUCUUUUAAUUGCGACAAUAAAAGGAGUGCGAAGCCAACUCUUACCACAUGCUGCUAACAUUGUGCGACUCCUAACAGAGUAUUUCAGGAGAGCUACAUUGCCUUCUAUAAGGAUGAGAGUUUAUUCUAUUACGCAGAUUUUGCUGAUCUCCAUGGGUGUCGGGAUGGCUUUAUACCUAGCUCAGGAAGUAAUCAAUAAUGCUUUUGCUGAUCUGAAAGAUAGUCCGGAGAACAGUUUAAUGUUCUCGAAUUUAUACUCAUCAAAAGUAGGAAGUGAGACAUUGAAGCAAAGUAGCCCACGGAAGAGGAAGCAUGCUUCUGGAUCACCAAGGCAACAUUUAAAUAGCAUUGAUCCUGAAGUUGCAGCGAUCAACAGAAAACCAGUUACUCCUCUUUCUGUGAAGAUAGCUGCACUUAAAACACUGGAAGCUCUUUUGACUGUGGGUGGUUCUUUGAGAUCAGAAUGUUGGCGGCCAAAUGUGGACCUACUUUUGAUAAAUGUAGCAAAAAAUGCCUGUGACAUGGGAUUGUCAUACGAGGGAAAAUCUGUCAUUUUAACAGAGGAACCAACAAUCUCACGAGCUGAAUUCCAACUUGCCGCAUUACAGGCACUAUUAGCAUCCCUUCUUUCACAAGCUCAUGUUCGCCCUCCAUAUUUAUCAGAAGGCCUUGAACUUUUCCGCAGAGGAAAACUAGAAACUGGAACAGCACUUUCUACAUUCUGCGCACAUGCCCUGCUGGCCUUGGAAGUUCUCAUCCAUCCUCGGGCCUUACCCUUGGUGGAUUUUUCAGUUGCCAACCACAGGUUCUCGGAAAAUAUAUUUGUCGCCAACCAGAGAGCCAAUGUGCCUUCAUUGUCCAAGGGUGGUCUUGGAGCUCUUAAUGAUUCGGAGGAUGAUGAACAAUACUUCGAUUGGUUGGGUAAUGAUGAAGAGGCUGCAGCAGAUGGCAGCAACCUGAGUAAACAUAAUAACAAUGCUGAUCAACCUGCACCUGGUUUACUGGAAGAUUCUCUAGCGGAAAAGGAUGCGGCGGUUCAUUGUGCUGUAGGUAAUAAGAUUGUUGAAGGCAAUCAGGAGAGCACUAUUGAUGUGGAGAUGGAAUGCUUUGGUAAAGAAGAAAAUAUGGAAGAACCCAAUGCCAGUACUUGCAUCGAUGUUGCAGCUGGCUCUGAGUGGGCAUCACCCAACAAAAAUGUAGUUUCCAGUAAUGGGAUGCCUCUAGGCAAAGAAUACAUGGUUUCAAGUGAUGCUGCGGAUAUCAGCAAUAUUGCUGAUAAAUCUAAAAAUUUUGCUGCUGGCAUUUACUCUGGUGAUAUGAUGGUGCCUGGCAGAGGUGACCUCAGCGCUUCAAAUCUCAAAAAUGAUGCAGAUGGUGGUUAUGGAGGGUUAACUGUCUGGAAUAAGGGAAAGGAGCCGAUGGAUGAUUCUGACUCUGUUUCUCUUGAUUCAUUACCAGAUAUUGUUGAUGGAGAUCCAGAUUCUGAUUAGUUAUGUAUGAAAUUUUUGUAGGUUUACAGGGCAUAGAGUAGCAUAGACCUGUAUCAUUUGUAGGAAGUCUUGGUUUUUCUGUUGCUAUUUUCUCAUUUAUUCAAUUCGUCCAAACUCCAAAGUAACCUGGUGUGACUUCACUUGAAGCGGUUAGCUGCCCGAAGUAUGUUGUGUCAGUUUGCUUUCUUAACCGAGCUAUCUGGAAAUGGAUAGUAAAAUUUUAUGCAUAUAUAUGGACAUCCAAUGGGAUGGAAACAGAAAGUAGUUUUGCUUUGGUAUUGUUCUCUAUAUGAAGCCUAAAUUUUGUUUAGGAUAAUGAGUAUCUGAAUGGAGAGAUGCUUUUGAUAAGGUUUAGUUGUGGGGUCUCUGAUAUCUUUUUAACUAUUGUGUUGUCGCAGCUGAUUUUCAACUGAUUUUCAGGCGGCAAAUGUUUGAUAUCAUUAAUUCCAAUUUUUCCAUCUGGUCUGUUUUGCUUCU